GUUAUUGCAAGGGUUUAAGGUUUCCCUCCUCCUCCAAUGUCAGUGAGGGUUUAGCAAUCCAAACAAAAGACCAUGGUUCUCUCUCGUCUUCUCCUCAGGCGCUUAUCUUCAUCCUAUAAACCCUAUCUUAUCACUACCUUCUCACAAACAAAACCCUUCUCUUCAGAUUCCACCCCCAACCCCACCGCAUCCUCUAAACCUUCUUCUUUGUCAGCUCGCAUGAGCUUCGUAUUCGACCAAAUCGACGCCAUUGAAAAAGAACGGGCGGAAAAGGACCAAACCCUUCAACGUAUUCGGGCCUGGCGUGAAUCCAAAAAGCCCAAAGACCAAAACCAAGAGCCGGUAGGUCCAAGCUCGGACUUUUCUGAUGUGGGGUCAUCGGAAAUGGAGAAGAAUGAUGGGUUUGGUGGUGGGUUGAUGAGUAAGAAGGUGGAAGUGGUGCAUCCGUGGCCCGAGUGGAUCGAGUUAAUGGAGCGUUUGGUUCAGCAAAAUUACUUUGAUCAUAAGAGAAAAGACGAGGAUAAAUUGAUUGAGGAUUUGGGGUUUAAUGUAGCUGAGGUUGCUGAAGAUGAGGGUUUUGAUUUUACAAGGGAUUGGAAGACUGUUCAGACUGCUGUUCUUAAUUUUGGCAAAGAUCGUUUCGAUAUAUUGAGGUCAUUGUCGAGACAGGAUCUCCAAAUUUUGGUUGGUUAUGGAUGUCCUAGUGCAGACAAGAAGGUGGUUUUUUCCGCCAAGUUAUUGAGGAAACACGUCCAUCUGGACGAAGGAGAUGUUUGCAGUUCUUGCAAUUUGAGGAGUUCUUGUGAAAGGGCAUAUUUACUUACCAAUAAGGAGGAUGAAGCAAGGACAAUUGAUGUCAUGCGUGUCCUACUGACUUAUGGUUUUGAUGCAAUUAAUGGAUCCGUUGUUAAUGAGAGCCUUACGAAGAAGAAAUCUGUGAAGACUGUUGUUCGUAAACUGCUUCACGAAGUAGUCAAGUUGAGUGCUGUUCCAAUAGAUCCAAAUCUUCCACCUCCAAUUUUUAAAAAACCACCUCCAAAGGUGAAGCAGCCACCUCCCCCUCCGAAGAAACGAGUAGGACGUGACGACAUUGAGAUGAAAAAAGGAGAUUGGCUGUGUCCAAAGUGUGACUUCAUGAAUUUCGCGAAGAAUACCAUAUGCUUACAAUGUGAUGCCAACCGGCCAAAGAGACAGCUGCUUCCAGGAGAGUGGGAAUGUCCCCAGUGCAAUUUCUUGAAUUAUAGGAGAAAUGUGGUGUGUUUUCAUUGUGAAUGCAAGCGCCCAGCUGAUGACUAUAUGGUCACUCAACAGCAGGAGAGGCAACAUGGACCCAGGAUGCAGAUGGACAAGGUAUCUCGCCGGCAAGAUGUUUCUAAUGCAUGGAAUUUUGAUUUUGAUGAUGAUGAAUCGGAUGGCGCGGACGUUGCUACCUUCGAGCAUGCAGAUUCUCAGAAAUUGGAUGAAGACUUUCCCCUAGAUAGGCGAGAACAAAGAGAUACUUCUAGGGACAAUGAAGAUGGUUUCUACAAGAGCAGCAGGCCUCCAAAAGGUUAUGAAACUGAAUACCCUGCACCUGGGAAACCAGGGGUAGGAUUUAACGAUUUUGAUGAUGAAGACGACGACGAUGUUGACAGUUAUGAGAUAGAGAGUAAUGGAACAAACAGAAGUUCUCGAAUAGAUUUCUCGGAUAUUGAGGUCAACUCCGAAUCUGAAGACAUUGAUAAUGCUGAUAGCAUUUUGCCUGUUGGUGGUAGGAACAGUUCCCUCACAAGUGAUGCACAUUUUAGAUCGAGACAUCAGCAAGGGGCUUUUCGUGGUUCUGAGGAUGCUGAAGUGGAUUUUGACACAGAUGAUGACCUUCCAAUUAAAACUAAUGGGAAAUCUAAUCAGGCUUCUUAUUUUAAACCAAGAUCUAGGAACAAAGGUGCCAUGAGUUUUGUCUCAGAGAAUGAUGGCCUCAGCUCUGACUCCGAUGAUGAGGAUUUUACAAGUCGGCAGAAUAAAGGGAAUAAAUGGGGAUCAAGAAGGGAUUUUGGAAGGAGAAGCAGCUCCUACAGUGAAGAUGAGCCCUCCUCUGACUUGGAGAGCAACAAUGGUAGGUCAUUUAACAAAAAUAGACAAAGAGGUGGUAAGGCAGGUCAAAAUGGCAGAUGGGACUCAUCUGAAGGUCGUGGUGAUAGGAUGAGAGACAAAAGAACCUCUUUUAAGGAUAACUCGAAAAGAACUUCCAGAGACUCACGUGGCAGCAGCAGGAGAAGCCAAGAUAAUGGAUAUAAUGAUUACAAAAGCCGUGGGCGUGAAGAAUCUUAUAAACAGCAACGAGGAAGAAACAAUAAUUAUGGUGAUCGAUCAGAUAGUUACUUAGACGAUGAAAGACAUAGGAGGCCUAGAAUAAAUGUACGAUAAGUCCCAACAUACAGCUUAUCAUUUCAAGAGUUGGUUGGCUGUGCAGGAAUAGCACUGUGAGUCUCCGAGUGUGGAAAUGGGAUUCAUUUCCUCCUCAGGAAGGGCUUUCCAGAAGUCAGAAACAUCAUGCCAACUUCUGAAUAACCAUCGUCACUUAAGCUUGAGAGCUAGAAGGAAGUGUUUCAGUGACUGUGUAUACGAAGUUGACUGGCGGAAGCUUCAUACAGAUAAGCUAACCAGGAACAAGUAAAUGAUACCCAGGCGACAACUUCCUUGUACCCACCCUAUGCUUGACCGGCAAAGCUGCAGUAUCCUCAAUCUUCUUUCAUUUAGUUCAGCUGAUGAUAAGAUCUACGCGUUGUAACUAUAGAUAGUUUUUCUGUUAACAAUAAUUUGCUAAGUAUUGAUAUAAUGAUAUUAGUCCCCGUUCGUACGCAGAGAGUAUCCUCCAGAAUUACACCUGAUUAA